GGCGGUGAGGACGCGGGUGUGCGGAAUUGGGAAUCCCGCUUGAGGGCGUCGGCUGGUUCGCAGUGAGGCGGCUUCCGGCGCGGCGCUCCGCAGUCUCUGCGGGACCACCUGGAGCCGGGCACUGGGAGCGGGGGAGGCGUGGGCUGCAGAAGGAAGUCAGUGCGCUGGAGAGCACAGGUACACAGCGUUUAGCGCCGGCCUCUCUUCCAUUCUGCAACGGAGGGCAGCCUCCAGGCGCUCGACCUGAUGAAAGUGGCUUCACCAGUGGGUUUGGGAAUGACUGGUAUUGAUUCCUCGUGGAAAUACCGAGUGUGGCAGGAUCGAUCAGCUGGAAAAGAAACUGGAGAAAACUUCAUUCCAGCUUACCUUCCUUCCUAGGCGUUCCUAGCCAGUCCUCCAAACAUAAAACUUCAAGGCAUCUUCCUUAUUUUCGGACGCUUCAUUUGCAAACUGCUUCUGCGCCCCUUUAUCUGCACUAUUCAACAAAGGCUGUUUUUACCUCAAGCUGUGGCCCUACCUAUCAGCUGUUUGGUUGAAACAACCCUCUUUGCCCACAGAUACUACCAGCGCACAGUUGGCACCUGUUCAGUUUCCUCAGUGCUCUACAGUCCUUUGAACCUGUGUCACCUAGGUGGUUAAUGCUCCAGAUUCCUGUCACCUGCGCCUUAUUGAGUCCUCCCUUCCCGUGGUACUGGCUCACACUCUUAGCUCUUCAUUCGGACUGCCACCAUCGUCCUGAAAGGUGUCCGUUCAGUGCUUUAACCGUUCUUGACUUUAAUUCCAGUGUUCAUCGCUUACAGACCCCUUAAGCUCGCAGUCACAGCCAUACCUUGCACCUUCUAACUCUACAAGAUGGUACCUGAAUGUUGGCUUUCUGUCUGACGCUCCUGGAACUUUUCUCUUAUUGAGAUAGAACUUGGCUGAAAUCACAUUGCACAUAUAUUGUACACAAGUGCUUAGCCCAAGCCCAAGAAUUACUAUAAUCCUCUAGUUAGACAAAUUCAAACUACAGUGGGAGUUCUGGCCAGGAAGAUGCAGGCUCUGAACAAGUUGAUGGCUAUCUCAAAACCUCAAAACCUGAUUCUACAUGAACAAAGUGAGGCCCUGAGAGCAGAUGUGUCCUGGCAACAGGAAUCCAUCCCAGUCAUGGAAACCUACGACUCUGAGGCCUCUCGUCAAAGGUUCAGAAAUUUCCAGUAUUUGGCAGUGUCUGGGCCUCAUGAAGCCCUGUGCCAACUCUGGGAGCUCUGUCUUCAGUGGCUGAGACCAGAGGUUCAUACAAAGCAGCAGAUCCUAGAACUGUUGGUGCUAGAACAAUUUCUGACAAUUCUCCCUGAAGACAUCAGGACGUGGGUGAAUUUACAACAUCCAAGGAACAGCAAAGAAGUGAUGACCCUCAUAGAGGAUGUGAUUGAAAUGCUUAAAGAUGAAGAGAUACCCUGCAAGGAUUGUGUCAUCCUGCAGAAGGGGAACAUCAAGGAGAAAAUGGAAACUGACUCACUAACUGGCAAUUCUCAGGAAUCAAUAACAUUCAAAGAUGUGAUUGUGGAAUUCAGCGAGGAAGAGUGGGGACAACUGGACCCUGCUGUGAAGACCUUGUACAGGGAUGUGAUGCUGGAGAACUACAGGAACCUGAAUUCAGUGCAUCAAGAACAUCUACUUUACAAGCCAGUUGAGAUCUCCAAGCUGGAGAGUAAGGAAAGAAGAUGGGCAGUGGAGCAAGAAAUCCCAAGCACAUCUGUUUUGGACAGAGAGGUAAUUUCAGAAAACCAAGAUUCAGUUCCAAAGCAGAGAAUUUCUGGAAAAGAAUCACCUCCUGGAGUGAUUAUGACAAGACCGACCAAAAGCGGAUCCCCUUCUUUAGAUGCUUGGAUGAGCAAUGAUUGGUUAUAUAGGAACCAGGAACACUGGGACCCAAAUUUGCCAGAAGAAGCUUUUGUUCAUAAGACAGUGAACACUGAGGUGGGAAACUUUGAAGGUAGUGAGAAUAAGAAAAGUUUAGAUGUUAAGUCAGUUAAUUCAAUUUUGGGUAUACAGCAAGGCAUUCCUAUGAGAAAAGAGUCCUCAAAAUGUGGUAAGUUUAAAACUAACUUCAAAUUUAAUUUAGACUCAGGUAAGCAAUAUUCAGAAUAUAAUGAAUGUGGGAAUGCCUUGAGCCUGAGUGUAGAUAUUCAUCACCCAGAAAGUCAUACCUUAGUGAAUUCCUAUGAAUGCUAUCAAUGUGGGAGAGCCUUCAGCCGGAGUUCAUCCCUCAUUCGACAUCAGAUCAUUCACACAGGAGAGAAACCUUAUAAAUGUAGUGAAUGUGGGAGAUUCUUCAACAGACGUACAAACCUUACUAAGCAUCAAAAAAUUCAUACUGAAGCAAAGGUCUGUGAAGGCAAUAAAUGUAGAAAAGCUUUCAGUGAGACUGAAGACAGUAAUAAAAAUUCAAGACUUCAUUCUGGAGAUAAUCCCUACGAAUGUGUUAACUGUGGAAAAUCCUUCAGCCGAAGCUCUUCCCUUAUUCGACAUCAAAUGAUUCAUACAGGAGAGAAACCAUUCAAAUGUAAGGAAUGUGAGAAAACUUUCAACAGGAGUUCAAAUCUUAAAAAACACCAAAAACUUCAUACUCAAGAGAAGUCCUGUAAAAGGAAGAAACCCACGAUUAACUACAUCAAUGAAUUUAUACUAGAGGGAAUCCUGUGAAUAGAGUAAAUGCAAGAAAACAUGGGUCAGGGAUUCUUCUUUAAUCGAUAUGACAGAACUAAUAUUGGAGAGAAAUCUGUUAUUGGGUAGGAAUAUGUUCCCAAAUGAAGCCACAAGCCACAAUGAGUUAAAUGUAUCACCAUACAAGUCUUUGCCUAUCAUUAUUCUGAUAUCCAUUGCCAUCAUCAUUCCUAGUUCAUAAAUGGGACCUAUAGCAUCCUUAUAUUCACAUGAUUUAUUGACGUAGAUAUUAGGGAGGAGCCAAGCAAUACCCUUGGAAUUGAUAUUUAAUAAAACUCAAACUUUCAGUCCUUACAAGAAGGUCAUGAGAAACCAGGAGCUCACAAGAAUAUAGGAAUACUUCUAAGGACUGAACUUUCUGAAUUAAUGGCAGAGACCACAGGAGUGGCAAAUUACUCCAUGAUAAUAUCCUUGGCCGUCCUAGUGCUGAGUGGGGACUAGAAUUGGAGGAGGAUUAUCAACUGCAGUGGGAAGUGGAUUCUAUAUAUAGUCGUCAAAUCUGCAUUUUUUUAAAAGUACUCUUUGGGAUCUAGGCCAAGGGACAUCCAUAGUCUUGGGUCUGUCAUUUAUUCCAAACAUUAAGAGGUCAAUAAAGUGUCUUAAUACUCUGUGCACUAGUUUCCUCUUUGUUCUAUAAGUUAUUUCUGUAAGUUACCUUUGAGAUCCUGAGCCAAGAAAUUUAUCUUUAAUCUGCCCCAAAAUAUUCAUAUUGGAGAGAUUCCCAAUGAAUGAGGAUGGUGGCUUUUGGUUAAAGCUCAUAUCUUACUCAAAAACAGAAAAGGUAUACUGGAGUGUGAACACUUACAAUUAGUUA